UCCCUCCCUCGACGAGUGCGCCGCGUGGUACUUUUUUGGUUUUCUGAACUUGGCAGCUAUGUUUUUCUGCUGCUGCUUUUUCCCUUUUGUUUUCCCACUCUGAGUUGUUGUUGUAGGUCGGCUGGCAAGUAGAAUGUGUUGGCUUCCCGUGCGGCACAGCGCGUGAUGAACAUGCUGUAGCUGGUGCCGCGCAGCACGGCAGCAAGCUGCCCGAAUGACGGCGCACGUCGACGUUGAACGCAAAUUCCGCCGUCCUCGAGUCCGGACAGGAAUCAAUUACAUAUAAGUGACCGACUUCUACUCGAAAAACAAAAAAGUCGUACAUGAAACAAAAACCACUACCACAACACAGUCGUUGCCCCUCCCGAGGAUUCGGACCUGCUGAAGGAUUUGAUCCAUAAGAGCCCCUUGAAGGACACGCCCAUGGAGGAUGCGGCCGCCCUAUCAAAUGUAAAAAUGUCUGGGUCUGGAAACUUGUGAUGCUAAGCGGCGUCUCAUGAUGAGGCCACAAGUACUGGCUCAGCAUGACAAGUUUCUGAGCUUCUAGGUGUUGCCUAUUCUGCAUGACAAACUGCGUUUCUGCAAGGGGGGCGAAGCGGAAACACCGGACGAAAGAGAGGAGGGAGGUAAUGGGAAGGGGAAAAGAAGAAAGGAGACGGUAGUCUUUGGGCUAGAUGCGUCCAACUAUUUCAACAAUAUAGGGCUACCGAGGGCAGUAGCAGCAUACAGAGCUGCAAAACUACACCCGUGUUUCAUAAAGUUGAUAAUAGUAACAGCGUGGACAAAGGAUUUAUGGAUCAGAAACGGGGAUUGUUACGGACAUGUACUAAGACACCGCGAACUCAUUCAGGGCGCAGUAGAAACGAUGUUAGCGGGGACCCUGAUUUUCCUCCCAGGGGUAGAAAUAAUCGCGGAAUUCCUCGAAGAAAUCUUUAAUGAAGACGGUAGGGCUGAAGAGGAAAGGCUAAAAAUAGCAGAAGCAAAGAUGAGAACGAGGAUUAAAAGGCUUUACAAAGGGGGCGACAUCGAUACAACUUUCCCCGAUUACAAUGUCAGAGAAGAAGUCGACGAGAUCUACCUCAAAGAAGCCCAGCCAGUAGUCACGGGAUACAGAAAGGGAGAGAAGGUAACGACAGAGCAGGGAAAAAGAAAGGUGAAUGAGAAAAGAAAAAGGGUGGAGACUCGAUACUACUCAGGAACACUCCCCGGAGACGGGAAAAGAAGAUGGACCCUAUGCGUGCAAUACGUGGACGACGGCACAGUUGUAAUAAAGUUCUUUAUCGAAGAUAUACAAAUAGUAGCGCGCGCGCUCAGAGCAGCAUGCUGGGCAUAUGAGGAAAUAUACGCAACCGAAGGACAAUUCUUGGCACCACAGAAGUGCGAAGUUGCAACGUCGAUAGAAGACCCGCUGAAGGUAAACGUGAUCAGACAGGCCUUCCAGCCUUUCGGGAUUUUGUUCGAGGAAAAGAUAUUUCUGAAGAUUCUGGGGAUCAAAAUAGUGCCAAAAGACAAAACGGAGCAAGCCAAGGCCCUGCGGGGGCAGGUAAGACAAAGUAUAGGGAUAGGACAACACUUGGCGUUCCAAGUAAUGGCGAAAAGGGGAAGGCUCAACGGCGAAGAACUCACGUGGGUAGUGCAGGUCUUCUUCGUGUCGGCAAUGAUAUACUUCCUGCCAGUGAUGCAUUUAUAUUUCGACCUAGGAGACUGGGCGGAAUUGAUGGGCGAAAUGGCGCUGACAAUAGCCGAAACAUUGGGAAUGACAACGGAGGCAGUGGAAGAGCUGAUGGCCCGAACAGAAACAACGGCGGAGACAUUCUAUAGGGUAGUGUUCGGGAUGAAUUUACUCGGACUAGCUGACCCGUACACGAUGGGACUGAAAACGUUGCGGGCAACGGCGCAGGCAAACUACCUAACAGACCCGGCCUUGUUCGCACCAUUAGCAACGACGCCAGUGAAGGUAGUAGGCGAAGCAAAGGCGGGCAUCCCGAAAACAGAAGAACGAAAAAUGCUGAAAAGAAAAGAAGCCGACAUAGCACUGCUGCGGGCGCUGAAGGACGGCGCGACAGUCAGGCUAUCGCCGGGGAGUGACCUGCGUGCAGUGGGGAUCGUGAAGGAGAGAAGCGCGCGGGCCCCCCUAAGGGUAGAGGAUCAGUAUACACACAGGGGGAACGCGGGUUUGGUAGUCAGCAGGAACAGAAAAGGAGGCCUCGGGAAGAAAGGUCAGAGCAAUAGGAUGCAAAAAAUAUGGGUGAAGCAUGCCGGAAACGAAAGAAGUACAACCGUCACAGUACAGGAGGCAAGUGAAAGGACGGAGACACACCUGAGGACGAUAGAGACAAAAGUGGAGCACCUAAAGACUGAAAUAAGAACAGAGGAAAGGACUUUCGUGGCAUAUUGCAACAACGCAAUGAGGGCCAUAGAAAUAGUCACAGAGAAGAGGAAGAAAGAAGGCGGAGCGGUGCAGAUUAUACUGCUAGACUACAACGAGUUAAGGGAGAAGACCAGAGGGAUACUACGCAAAGGGCACGGAAUAGGCUUGGAGCUACAGGAGACAAUAGAAAAAGCCGAAAGUGAGGACCCGGGCCUAAAUAUAGUAACGAGAAGGGAAAAAGGAAAUGCAAGCAGAGCAGAAACGAUAAGAAAUAUAGACGGAGGGACAAAAGAAGAGAUACCGCUCAGGGUGGCCAAUGUGUUAAAUCACGACAAUGAGUAUACGGACUGGGUGCGGUUCGACUUUGGGACGAAGCGGAUUCCACUGAAACCGGUGUGGGAAUGGCCGGAAAUGUCAAAAAUAGAAAGGCAGGUAUACAUACAUAGGAAAAUGAAGGAUGAGGAGACAGAAGGGGACAAAAAGAAAGAAAAGGCAGAAGCUGGGGAUGGCGAGGAAAUGAAGCAAGGCUUAGGAGAGAAAGACAGCGCGAAAUCACAAAAGAGGAAAGAAACGAAAAAGAACACCAACACAGAGAGGGUAGGAAAGGGGAGUGGCGCUGCAAGUAGUCAAAGCAGAAAUAGCCGGGAAUAUGUAGAAAGAAAACAAGAAGAAAAAGGGGAAGAAAGAAGGGAAGGAGAGACACUCUCUGAAACUAUACUGCGACUAAUCGAGAAAGAGAAGAAGAAAGCAGAGGAAACUGGUGACGAGAUGGCGCAGGGGGCAUUCAGAAUAAUCCAGAAAGCGACGAAACUGUUGCAGGAGGUAGAGGAGGCGAAUAAAGAAGAUGAUGGUAGAAAGUUAAACGAAAAAGAAAGGGGGCGGGAGGAAGGAGACCAAGAAGAAAGGAUCAGCGAAAACGGAGAAGAAGAAGAAAAAAAAAGCUUCUACGAGGCGCAAGAAUAUGAAGGCACUCGGAGAGGAUACGUGUUUAAAAGAGGGGCGAUGGGACAGGGAUACUAUAUAGAUCAGGGUCCAGAAGAGGCAACGCGAACAUUUUUUCGGAAUCUGGUGGCGUGGGGGGAAGAGGAGAAAAGGGACGCGAUUAAUAAGGAGCGGGCGGAGGAAGGUCAAGACGAAAAAGGGGUGGACCAAGAGCAGCAAAAACGGAGAAAAGUGGAGAAACAAGACAAGGAAGCGAGCCAAAACGGUGGUAGCGAGGACGAAAAAAAGAAGCGAACGACGGAGGCCUCCAAUUUCCCCACAGUCGAGAAAUUAAUGGCAGAUGACCCCAUGACAUUGAUGCAGAAAGAGAAUGUACAAAGGGAGAAGGAGAAGAGGAUACAAGAGGAGAAGAGGAGGAGGAGGCAAAGGAAGUACGAAACUCCUAUGCAGCGAGAACUAGCCCAAAUGUAUAGAGCCCUAGAAAAAGAAAAUAGUGAUGGAAAGUGAAUGAAGAAAGAGAAAAAAGUGACUGCAAUACGUUUAUUUCUUUUGGAUGAGAUUGAUGAAUGGAUAGCAAAGUAGAGGCAAUGUGAGGCCUUAUACAUGAAUGAAAUAAAGGAGCAAAGAAGACACAGACCGGGGCUCAAAGCGAAAAAGAAAAUGCGGGGUGUUCUGGCGGGUGCAGAGGGAAGAGCGUAGACAAAAAAUGUAACAGAAAAGAGCGAAAAAAAAUGAGGCGACUGCGUAUGGUUCUUCUUUCGACACGUUCCACGCCAGCCCGGAGGGGUGCGGCGAUGCUAAUCAUUUCGUUCCCGCCAGCCGUAAAGGCACGGCGCUGCCUAUCCUCCCCUCGUACCGCCGAACCGCAUGCGCUGACGCAUUAGGAAACGAAAAGAAAAAGAAAGAGAAGAAAGAAAAACUAUAUAAAAGAAGUGGUGCCAGGGUUGCUAUUUUAAAAGACUGCGCUAAGGCAGCACCCCCCUUCCCCAAGGGGUCCCCCCGGGGCGGGCGCGAUGGCGGCUCUGCGAAUGCGGAGCUCCGCGGGCCGUUUCUAUGGAAACGCAUAUAAAAGGGCGCGGGAAGAAGAUCGGCAAAACGUGUCUGAAAGGGACACGCCGUUGGGUUGCCCGCCAUCGUGAUAGGAUCACCGUGUCUGAUCAUUAGACCCCCAGUAUACUUUUUAGCGCGCAACCGGCCACGCACGUAGUCCUUCGAGCAAGUUUGUAAGACUAACCCAUCAAGGCAAAACUGGAACUCCACCUUGCUCGCGGGCUUGGAUGGUAAGGCAGGUCAGCCACACAUAGCGCCCACUGGUUGUAGUCAUGCGUAAGCAAUCGAUAGCGGUUUGGCAGGUGCAGCCGGGUGGUAGUUAGGAAGUGGACCGUGUCUCCACCUAGGGGUAUUGGCAGAGGCUAAAUCUGUUCUAACGCCCAGGUAUUGGCAGAGGCUAAAUCUGUUCUAACGCCGACCCGCCAGGAGUUAAAUGGUACUACUACUACUACUGCAUCACAGACAAGUGGGGCUCUUGGGUAACGUGCAUGAAAGAUUUAAGAGUCAUGCCAGACAAGCAUGACAAACAUGCAUUCUUCCAGACCCAGACAUAUUUACAUUUGAUACGUCCCGGCUUUGGGAUUGGCAGCCACGGGCGCGCUCGGAGUCGGGUCUUUUGCGGCCGGGAAGAAAGGGAUGGAUGCGAUUUACCGCCAUCUGGACGAAAAGGACGAGAAGGAGUACCAAGAAAAGAAGAAGGCUAUCCUUUGUGAAAUAAACGUACUUUACUUACCCACACAACCAGGGUUGUCCUCACGCAAUAAAUCUUGCAAAAUGAUAUGCAGUGGAGGAAGGAGCAAGUCGGUGAUAGAUUAUGCGGCCGUGUGACAGACCACCGUGGCUCAGCACGUGUGUGUUGAAGUAAGAAUGGCGUUUUUACCAGACGGAAAAAAGAACUUGUCAAUCCGUGAUUGUCAGAACUGCGUCUCGAUUUGCAUAGCGGCACGAUCGUCAGCUCCGCUAAGUAGAGUGUGGGUAGUAUUUACGUUCUUUUUGCCCAGGAUAAAGGCUAAAGCGGCGCGCAAAAAGGCACGGGCGGAGAAGCGAGCGCAGAUUCAGGCGAUGUUGGCCGAACAGGAGGAAAAGCACGAGGGAGCAGGAGCCGACGCAGCGGCUACCACACGUCCAGAGACCUACCCACCCGCCGGGGAAGAAGUUGCAACCCCGGUAGAUGAGCAGCAGGCCGAGGUUGGCGGAGGUAGUAGCAGAGCGAUCAACAGCACGCGUAUCACACAGAGAACUGAUGACUCUUGCACGAAAUAAUCGGGCGUGUUGCCAUGCGUCAUUUUUGAAGAUACAUUGAUUUAUUUUGGCAAAAAAGAAUUUUCCUGUACGUGUUUGUAAAAAACCCUUCAAAUUAUAAGCGUACGAGUCGUGAUUUGCUAUUGAAGAGGGAUGCAGGUGGUAGUGGAAGCCACAUCUUUCCCUAGCACCGGAUCACGAAAAUUUUACAAAAGUCAUACAUAAAACACGGGAUGAAAAAAACCCACUGUGCAUGAGAGUUGUCCAAUGCGUUCUGCAUAAGCACGGCUCGCCUUCCCGCGACGGAAAACGAGGAACAAGCCGUGGGCCGUGGUGCGGAGGGAGCGGGGACGAGGGCAUCGGUGUCCGACACAGGGGACGCUGGUCUUGCUGCUACUACUCGGGAACUGCAAUCGGAAGUCGGCAGUAGUACCACUGCAGGCGCACCACCGCAGGAGGCGGAAAGAACCGCAGCAGGCGGAAAUGCAGGAGUGGCAGUUACUUCGGAGGGGAGUGCUGGUCGGAAGCAGGACAGUGCAGGUGCGGAAGCCGAAGCCGAAGAAGACAUCGCCGCUGGUGAAGCUGCAGAAGAAGUCGCACAACCGCUUGCAGAUGAGCCGACGCCAACAGGAGGUCCUGAGACCACUGCUUCCGGACGCGCGCUUGCAGAUGAAACUGGCACAGAAGCAGAAGAACCUUCCACGACCGACCGUGGUCUGUCGGGUGGAGAAGACGAACAAGCAGGCCAGCAGGAGGAAGAUCUUACAUCCUCUUCUCGUGCAGCAGAAGACCAAGAAGGACCCAGCACGGUUGCUGCCGCAGCUACUGCUCCUGGCCGCGGCGAACCAAGCGACACACUGCCACCUCUUUUCCCGAGCAGCACCACGCAAAGCGCAGGCGCAAACGGAGGCGCGGAAGAGGCAGAACCAGCAAACACUGGCGUGGACAUCACAAGUGCGAGGCCGGAAGAAGAACGCGGUGGCUUGUCGCGUGAGCAAGGACAUGGGAGGAGUUCGGAACAACAACAAGAAGGAGUGUCGGGUCCUCCGUCGCAAGUACAGCCGGAAACUGUAGCUGCGGAUGCGCAAGCUCCGCUGCAGCCACAAUUGCCCGUGGAGGGUACCACUACCAUGGCGGGGGACGAUACGACCUCAGGUUCAGCUGGUAGUGCCCCCUCAACAUUUCCCAGCAGCACCGAUGCAUCUUCAGUGCCACCGGGGGGUCCUGGCACUAUCAGUAGUGACGCUCUCAUUGCCAGCUCCCCGUACCGCGUGGGAGUGAUGGACAAACACGGGCGCGUGAUGGAGCUGGGCCCGUACAAGCCACCCUAUGAAGGAGGCUCAAGUGGCCAAAACCGGGGAGAUACUGCGAGUGGUACUGUUGUUCCACCAGCAACAGCAGCACCUUCCGGCAGUGCGACAGCAGCUCCUCCAAAUGCGGAACAACCAGAACCCGAGGACGACCCGGCUGUCGAGCCGACCUCUGCCUUUCUGCAGCGCGGCAACACCAAGACGAUAGACGAAGGGGGUCCGUCGAGUAAAGUGGGGAACCGGGCGGAGCACUCUUCUAGUCAACAAGAAAUUGAUGUUUCAGUAGAAAAGACCACGAGGACAGCAGGAGGUGGAGUGGAGCCGCGUUUCACACUGCAUGAAGAACAUGACAACUCUGCAAGAACUACAGGAGCAAAUGGAAUGAAACCAGAAACAACAACAAUACCACCUGUAGUUCCCUUCAAGAAAACGAACCUGCGACGCCGUAAAAAUCAUUCUUCGCAGAUGCACGGUUCUCCUCUCCAAAUGGUCAUGCAGAUUUCGUCCAGUGCUGAGGAGGUCGAGAGUGAGCAACCUGCGGUACCUCCAGUGGGGGAAGAAGAUGAACUUCUGCCCGAGAUGCAGCACGGGGAAACACUGCGGAAAACUGCGACGUCCGGCGUGGAGCAGCAAACUGUUCUUGCGGUCAAGAAAACGCCGCACUUCCGCGCGCACCGAAAAAAGCAUUUGCAGAAGACGGGAGGUGAAGAAGGGGUGAUACAAUCAACUGCUGUAGUUGCGGCUGUGGACGAGAACAUUAAUCCAGGACAACAAAUCGGCGGAGCAUUUGAAACGGCGAAUGAAUUUUCAACAACUACUACCGGCACGUCGUUACCCGGAGGUAAUAUACAAACCGCUACAUCUACUUCCGAUGCUGGUCGCAGUGCGUCCGGGCUACGAGGAAAUGAAAGCAGGACGAGUACCACUGACCACGGAGAAUUCUCACAUCAAAAUGAAGGCAAAGCCAGCACGAAAAUGAAUUACCAACCUUCACCCUCUUUCCGCAGUGGUUCUACUUCAUCUUUCCUGAGCGGCGCAACGUACUUCUACGGACUCUGCGGCGCGGUGUUUUUCGUGCUUCUGGUGGGGAUGGCGGUGUACUUUUUGCCCUGCUUGCGGUCGUGGUCGCGCGGCAAGAGCAAGAUCUUGGGGCAGAAACAUGUUCAUCCGCAUGCAGGAACGAACAACAAGGACGCAAGAACCCAUGGAGCUGCGGGGGGUGGGGGACUCAUGCACGCGUGACGAAGUGAUGAUUUAGAUUUUCAUUUUGUGAGUCACAACGAACUGGAGGUGGGAUAAGAGAUGAAAGUUAAUGGUCGUAGAUCAGAAACAAAGACAUGCGAAGACGCAGCUAAGACUUACUUUGCAUUACAACUUUGCUUUGAAUAUUUUUAACAGUUCGAUGCAUCGAGAAUAACAGCGUACAAUAUCUACAUAACGAGAGCACGGAAAUUAAGGCUUGAAAACAAUAAAAACAAUGUAUUAAUGGCAGCACUCAAAAAGAAAAAUGAAAAUUACAAUCGUCUCUCGAUUUUGCUUCUUUAACACUUUACAACGAUUUCAGUUUACCUAUUCUAUCCUCUACCUAGCGUUUCAUUUUGUACCAAAGGGGAAAAGAAAUAACAAAACAAUAACAGACUUAGACCUCGCUCGCCGAAAAGAAAGAAAAACCACCUUUUCCAAAAUUAAAUUCAGACACAACAGACUCCCUAGCGUAUGAUACAGAAGAUUUAUCGAAAUUAAAUUCAGACGCAGCACAGCUAAUCCAGCUCCACCUAAGAGACAGGCUCCCGAAUCGUUUCACACGCACACCUGAGUAUGAUAAUAUCAGUAUUUCGAAGCUGCUGCUUCGUGAGCUGCCGUUCCAAAUUCGUAAAAGUUAACCUUUAAUUACCCCCCUAUCUAACAACAGGGACGGACGGAAGAAAACCGCGGGUAAAAUACUCAAAAUUGAAAUCAGUAAAAACAACGAAAAAUUAAUAAGUGCAUGGUCUAGAGGUGCCCAGAACUACCGAACGGAAGAUGUAGCACCGUACGCAACUCAUCGCUGGCAGCCAGAACUGCAGCAAGGAAGUCCUCUACACUGGAACGCAAUAUUCAAAGAAGUACGUUGUUUAUCUUCUAUCAGAAACUAUCAAAAACAAAAACCUACUGCGUUUUAUCGUUUUACAUUGGCUUAUUUGUCACGUGCUAACAGAUUCGACUUUCCAACCGUAUGCGGUCGGGAUAACACUUUCAAAAUGAACACCAAUGAGAUAGACUCUUGAAACAAAAUUGAAUUCGCAAAUGUAUAGUUUCAAAAAAAAUUAAAGAAGUAUCGAAUACGAAGCGUAAAUAAACUGUACAAUUUGAAGCAAGCUACUUAAGUUCUUGAGGUUGGCUGUUUCGCUACAACUGUUGCCGCUAUCGAACUAGAACAAAUCACCACGUCAACACUGCCUGGAGGACAACGUCUUGUGCUGGAUAUCACACUAAAAUUGAAUGCAGUGGUGAUGUUUUGAUGUGCCGGGACCACGAGUUGCAACCAACAAAAGACCACGACGGGGUGAGUCGCUCGCAAGCAAGAAGUAGCUCCUCUCGAGCCUGAUGAAGAUAAACUAGAGUCAAAUUUUUCGUCCACAACAACAAAGAAAAAAACUGUACACAAUUGAGACGAGAAAUGAAGAGGCCGUGGAAAG